GCACGGACGCACCACCAGACAGGAAAAGAGGCAGAGAGGGAGGAGGCCCUGCUUAGCACUUGGAGAGGAAAGAUUGGGAGAGGAGGGGUGAGAGAAGAAAAAGGGGAGUAUCCUGUCUUCUCUGCCCUUCUGUGCUACUGCAGCACCCCCCCUCCUCCUUUCCUCCCUGACUCUCUUUCUCUCUCUUUCCCCUUACUCAUCUGUUUCUGUGGCUGCGCUGAGAGGAAGGGCACCUGCCGCUCCCUGAUGAUUCAGCCUUUCAGCUACUUGGAGCUCCACAGACAAGACAGCAUGUCCCUCCUGCCACUGCAGUGCCUGACCGUCCUGUCCUCUGCACUACAGCUACUGCAGCUGCAGCUAGCCCGUCACUUCGACACCGCCUCUUCUGCUCAAGUGCUCAGCAAAUUUGACGAUUCUAUUUAUAGACUCAUGGUUGCGUUUCCUGUGAGAAAGCAUGAGUAAGGAACUCCUUUCCCUCAUGCGCAGAAGGCUGUCUACAUACCUCCCAGACUGUUAACAAGGUUCGACUCACUAUAAAAACUCUCACUCUUUUUACUUCCCUCUGAAAUCCCAGCUCUGAUUCUGCAGCUUUAUGAUGGAAAAUAUACUUGAGGAGACUGGUGGCAGACAGCCACCGUGUAAUGCUCUGAGUUAAUAGUCAAUAGAGGUGUUCUGAGACCCUUCAUCCAGUAAUUGGAAAGGAUGACUGAGGGAAUGGGGGACCUCUCUGCAGGGCCAGCUCCCCCUUCUGGAUCAACCUCCCCCACCAGUUCUACUGUUGAUACUGGACAAGUCCCCAAGGAGAAACCAGAGGAGACAGAGGCAGCUGGUGAGAUUGGGGAGGAGGGUGCAGAGGGAGCUGCAGAGGAAGGUGGUGGUGAUGGAGAGCAUUUAGGGGCUUUGGGAAUUGUGGCCUUGCCAGGGACCUGCUGUGUGUGCAUAGAAAUGGAACAGAUUAACAAUUGCUUGCACUCUGAGAAAAUCUGCAUUCUGCCCAUCCUGGCCUGUCUGCUUAGCUUAGCCCUCUGCACAGCUGGCCUCAAAUGGGUCUUUGUGGAUAAGAUCUUUGAGUACGAACCAUCCACACAUUUAGAUGCUAAGCGUUUUGGACAGGACCCAGUUAUCAUAUCAGUUGACCCCACUUUGGGGCUAACUGUGUCGAUUCCUCAUUCAUCUCCGUCUACUGUCUCCUUGACCACCGCCAUCGUCAUUACCCCUGGACCUCCUGAUGUUAUAAUGGAAGACAAAUCCACACAAGGGCCGUACAUGCCUCAGUCCCCACGAGUGACUCAGUCUGAUCCCUCUACGUUGAAAUACAACAACGAACGUCCCACCAUCCCAAAGCAGACUCCUCGCCCUCAGACAACACAGCAAUUCAACAACAUAAUCAUCCCAACAAUCUCUGCCACCAGCACCACCACUACAGCCAAGACCUCCAGUCAUGUAACGCGCUGCAGUGACAGCCAGAGGAACUACUGUGUUAAUGGAGGGGAAUGCUUCACCCUUGAAAUCAUGCCAGGCAGCACAAAGUUUCUCUGCAGGUGCUUGGCUGGAUUCACUGGGCACCGAUGUGAACAAGCUGUGCUUAAGAAAGUCUCAGACCCAAAACAAGCUGAGGAGCUGUAUCAGAAACGUAUUUUAACAAUAACAGGAAUCUGCAUUGCACUCCUAGUCGUUGGAAUCAUGUGUGUGGUUGCCUACUGCAAAACAAAGAAGCAGAGGAAGAAACUUCAUGACCGUCUGAGGCAGAGCCUGAGGAAUAAGAGGAACAACAAUACCAGUGCUGGUAUUGGCCCAAACCUGGCAAGCUCAGCCAGAGGACGACGGAUUUCUAACUUGCCUCUUCAUGAUUUGCAGCUUAUCAAUCAAUGUAAUGGGAUGAUUAUGCAGCAUGCAGCUGAGAAGGAGACAGAGACAACUUUCUCCACAAGCAAUUAUGGCUUAUCUGCGCAUGAAGCAACCACAUUCACCCACAUCUCCAGCCAAAGGUUUGUAUCUGAGAUGACAACCCUGAUUCGGCUGUCUCCGCUGUCCCAGACCUUUCUUGCAACUCCAGGGUCUCCUCCAUCAGAGAUGUCAGCCCACCUGUCUAGCCUGGCCAUCUCUGUCCCCUCAGUGGCUUUAAGUCCUUCUGGUGAGGAGGAGUGCCCCCUGUUGUUGUCAAACACACGUCAGCCACACAAGAGCCGAGAUGAAAAGAAGAGGACCUCUGCCCACUACAACCGUGGCCAUGCGGCACAUAGCUUACCACCUAGCCCAUUGUUUUCUAUGGAGAAUGGUAACUACCAAAUCAUAGGUGACCAUGGCACCACAGCUGCCAGCCAGCUGUUCUUAGCAUCACCUGAGAAGCUACUUAAUACAAACAAUAAGAUCAACGACUGUGCCACCAAAGGAGCAGGAGUUGCAAAUGGCCAUUUGCCACAUAAUGUGGAGUGCAGUGGUGACAGCAUGUUAGUGAGCAAAACAGAGCAGCCUCAGGGGGAACACACACCCUUCCUUACUACACAUAGCACUACAGCCCUGUUGCUCAGGGCUAUGUACAGCAGCAGGACUAACCCAGCAUCACCAAAUGAUGACCUGCAAGUCAAUUUAUCCAGUUAUACCACCAAACAGGAUCCAGUCGCUGUGUAAAGUAAAAAGAAAUUGCUGAGAAUCCUUUAUGUUUAGGUAAAAAAGAAUAGUCACUAUUAAACCUUUAUUUUCUAUAAAUGAUUUGCUGUGUAAAUGAAAAAUGAAACUUUUAUUUUAGUGAUGUAGUUAAUAAAGAGUUUUAUAAAAAGUGUACAAAUGUGUUCAUGUCUUGUAGGUAAAGUGCCAUACACUAGUAUGUAGCAAUGGUUCACAGUAUAUUUCAAUGCAGAAAAAAUAUCAAUGGUGCCUUUCUGUUUGAUAUGCUUUAAGAGGACUGCAACAUUGCAUACUGGGCCAUAUAUUCACCAUCUUAAUCUUCCAGUUAACGAUUAAAAAAAACUUGCUGCUUUUAACGUCUUUGGAAGUGCCCACUGACACAACAGUUUGAUUUAUGAAAUUUAGGCGUUCAAGGUGCAUGCUACAUCCUUAAAUGCUGUGAUGGAAUAAUGAGCAAUUUCUGUGGUUUCCUCUUCAGCCAUUUGACCUCAUCGGUUAUCUGAUGUCCCUUGUAAUGAUUAUGGGCUGUCUCAUUGAGAUUUUUUUCUGAAAUACAUUAGACACUACUGAACACCUGGACUGAUGUUAAUGAAUAACUGAUUAAUCAGCUUAUUACAUGAAAUUGAUGAGAGGUGAGAUGUUAGAAAUCAAUCAAUGUUUUUAUUGGUCAACAUCUAAUCUGGUGGUGAAUACUAGAACUGUUAGAUAAAGGUGCAAUCAGUAAAGUCUGGCUCUUUAGUGUUGCUAAUUAUUACUAAUUAUUAAUUAAAACUAAUAUGCUUAACAUUGCGGUAGAUUUUUAGAUUUGAUUUUUAAAUAAAUUAUAUUGGGUAUUUUAUAUAAGUUAGGGAUUCACAAGAGACAGAUGAAAAACAGAACAAAAAUAAUGGUCAAAAUUAAAAUAGCUUACACCUAAAUAUAAUACUGAAUCCUACAUUUCCCAUAAUAAUAUCUUGUUGAAAAUAAGGUUUAAUUUCUUACUUUGAGUGCAACUGACUCAUUUAAGGUGGUGCCGCCAAAAACAUAACUACUAGCACGAAGACCAGCAAUUACUUAUGCCUUCCAUUACUAGUAUGAUAUUACUGAUUGCAUCUUUAAAUGCUGGAAUAUCUACAAAGUAUGUAUAGAAUGAAAAUGGACUGCCUAACUUUAUCCUUUGUGAAGACAUCCAAGACAUAUGUUCCUUAGUAAUGUAUUUUGGGGAUUAAAGAAAUUGCUAAAUAUAUACAUGAUGGUUAACUGCUUUAAUUUGUUCAGUCAUAUCUCUUAUUUUCAAAUUCUACAUGUUACAAUUUCGCUUUUUUUUUCAACUCCCCAGCUUGUGUAGCUUCACUUUGUGUGCAAUUAAAAAAAAUGUCUUGUUCAUGUCUACUAACAUGAACAAAGUUUAUGAAAAUCUGCGAAAGUCUGUCACUACUUCUUGACUCUUGAACAGGGGUAGGCAACCUGUGGCUCUUUAGCCCAUCUCUAGUGUCUCCCUGUGGCUUUAACAAAAACUUUUCAUUGUUGUAGACCUAAAGUGAUUUUUACAUUCUCCAUUGUAAAAAUGUGUAGCCGUUACACUUACACUAUUAAUAAAAACAACAACAACGUUUUA